GCGCAUUCACACAUACACAUUUACGGCUCUCCUCAGUCUACACUCACUUCUUCUAUUCAACGCUCAGUGUGAUCAGCAGACACUGAUCGCGAGUCGAAGAUCAUGUUUGUAGUGAAGUGCGAAAUGAAAGGACGUACAGGUCCAACAACGUGUUGUUCAAAAAGUAUUAAAGAAAUGUGCAGUGUUUCAUCAUCAAAAAUCGCAUAACAAAAAAGUGCAUCAAGCCGAUUUUGUGUUAACAGCCCAUGCGCAAAAUCCACCAUGGCUUCGGUGAAGGUGGCCGUUAGGGUCCGUCCCUUUAACAAAAGGGAGAUGGCAAUGAAUGCCAAGAUGAUUGUUCAAAUGGAAGGGAAGAAGACUAGAAUUUUUAACACAAAGACUCCAGGAAGUUGCAGAGAUAUCGACCGAGAGAAAUAUAAGGACUUUACAUUCGAUCACAGUUAUUGGUCCUUUGAUGACAGUGAUGAUAAUUAUGCUUCCCAAGAAGAGGUCUAUUACGAUCUUGGUUUGGAAGUCAUUGAAAGUGCCUUCGAGGGUUACAAUGCCUGCGUUUUCGCUUAUGGACAGACUGGAUCCGGAAAAACAUUCACCAUGAUGGGUACACCGGAAGCCCAAGGACUGAUACCACGAAUUUGCAAGACACUUUUCGCACGAAUGGCAGCUGGAAAAGAAACUGGGACUUCUUAUCGGACUGAAGUUUCAUUUCUAGAAAUACACAACGAGAGAGUGAAAGACUUACUCAGACCUGAUCAGUAUCAGUCUCAUUCUCUUCGAGUUAGAGAACAUCCAAAGAAAGGUCCAUACGUGCAAGAUUUGUCGAAUCAUCUUGUAUAUGACUACACUGACAUUCAGGAAUGCAUGGUCAGGGGUAAUACGCAUAGAACGACUGCUAGCACAAAUAUGAACGACGUCAGCAGUCGAAGUCAUGCAAUAUUUACAAUAACUUUUGUGCAAGCUGGUUUCUCGGAAGGUAAUAUGCCCUCAGAAACGGUAUCUAAGGUGCAUCUUGUCGACUUAGCUGGCAGUGAACGAGCAAAUGCGACGGGCGCAACUGGUCAACGAUUAAAGGAAGGUGCACAUAUCAACAAGUCACUUGUGACACUAGGUUCUGUGAUAUCGGCAUUGGCCGAAGUUAGCUCCAGUGAUUCGAGUAGUUCAAAAAGUAAAGUCUUUAUACCAUAUCGUGACAGUGUACUGACAUGGUUGCUAAAAGAUUCUCUUGGCGGUAAUUCCAAGACAAUAAUGAUCGCCGCGAUAAGUCCAGCCGAUUGUAAUUAUGGCGAAACACUCAGUACACUUAGAUACGCGAACAGAGCCAAAAAUAUCAUCAACAAACCCACAAUUAAUGAGGAUCCAAAUGUGAAGCUCAUCAGAGAACUGAGAGCGGAAAUUGAGAAGCUAAAAUCACAAAUUGGAAAGGACGUGAAUAUAGAGAGACCACCGCAGAAUCUCCUUGCGCAAAUACACGAGAAACAGGAGCAGGAGAAAUUGCUCACGGAAGAAUGGGCGGAAAAAUGGCGAGAGACACAGCAAAUUCUUCAGGAGCAACGUGCGCUCGGUUUGAGAAAAAGUGGAGUUGGUGUUGUUCUCGAUUCGGAGAUGCCACAUUUAGUUGGAAUUGAUGACGAUCUAUUGAGCACUGGUGUCACUCUUUAUCAUUUAAAAGAGGGUAAAACACUCGUUGGCACUGAGGAUGCGUCAAUGGCGCAGGAUAUUGUUUUAAAUGGCACCGACGUUGAACCAGAACAUUGUGUCGUUGAAUUAGAGGGCGGUGUUGCAACUCUACAUCCUCUUUCGUCGCAUUGUUGGAUCAACACUGCACAAGUUGAUAAGGCAACAAGACUCUCGCAGGGUUGUAUUAUUCUCCUCGGUAGAAAUAAUAUGUUCCGCUACAAUGAUCCCGUGGAGGCUGCUAAACUACGUAAGGAAGGUGGACUUGGAAAUGGAAAUCUUCAAUCGACUGUUGUCAAUCUUUCUCGAUUGUCACUGCUGAGUUGGAGUGUUUCCGAUCUUCACGCAUCGUCAUCGAGUGAUAAUUUACUCAACUCCAGUGAGGAUCUCCGGGCAUUCGAGGAACUCGAGCAACAAAAGGCUGCGUUAAUCAAAGAGAAGGAGGACUUUAAGAGGGAACAGGAGGAAAGGGAAGAGCGAUGGGCGGCAAGACGCGAAGCAUUGGAAGAGGCGCAACGUGAAUUGGAACGUGAAUGGGGUGCACAAUGGCGAGAAUGGGCGGAGGGAAUUGCAGCAUUGGAAAGACGACAACGGGAACUAAGAAAUCGUCGUCACCACGUUGAACAAGAGCGACGCGAUGAGAUGACUCAAGUAGAAAGUUUGUGUAGGGAAGUCGCCUCUCUUCGCACCACACUUCAAUCCAAGCAUCGACAGUUUCAAGAAUUCAUGAACAAUCACAAUCGUUUGCAGAGAUUGGAACAUCCUUGGAACGAGACGGAAGAUGGAAUUGAGAAAAAUCGCAGUCUUCCAGAAUCGUGGUCGAGUUUUAAUGAGGAAAAAUCUUUGGAUGUGAUGCAGAAAUUAGCGAAUCAUCGUUCAUUCGAUGCUCUUUUUCAAAAAGAAUUGGCUGCAUUGGAAGCUGAAUUGAAGAACAAAGUUCGAUCAUUGAAUGAACAUCAGAGCAAACUUGAUCGAAUGGAGGAGGAACUUUUGGAGAUUUCCGAUAAACAAAAACAACUUGAUGAUUCUGAUCUGGAAGGUGAAGAACUGUCGGAGAAGAAAAUUUUAUUAGCAAAAAGAUCACAAGAGCAACUACAAGAAAUUUUGAUAAGAAAACAAAGUCUCUCGUUGAAUUUAAAACGAUCACUUCCAGCAUCAUCAGAGGAUAGAUCAUCGUGCAGUGAAGAAAUUAUAUCGGCAAAUGAUCUUAAAUCAUUUCAAGAUUCUUGUAAACGUAAAUUAAAAUUAGCAACAGCUCUCAGUUUAAUAAAUCAAGAUGUACCGAGUUCAAUAGAUACAAUUGAAACAUUUCACACGGCAGCUGCCGAUUCACCGCAAUUUCCCGGCUUAUUAUUGGAUAAUGAAAAUAGCACAACAAUGGAUAUAAAAAAAAUUGAAAUAUCGCCCGAUGGAAGUAGCGAUACUGAUCUUGAUUUUCAAACAUCAACAAAUGAAAUUCAAUUAUUUGGUCCAGAAAUUGGUGAUGACUCUAUAACAUUGUCAAUAUCAGCAGCAACAACAGCAGCAAUUGGUCAGAUUGAAGAGAAAAAUAAUUCACAUCGCAGUGAUGAUGAAAUAAGUCGGCAAGAAUCGGAAAAAUGUUUUAGCACUGAUUGUGAUUUAACUGAAGAUGAAAAAUAUUUGGACGCUGAUGAUUUGCUUAUUGAUGAAAAUGAAGAGAUGAAAAUUAUAAACCAAAGAAUUGUACGUCAAAGAUUACUCAUUACAAAAUGUAUGCAAUCAAAUUCACCAUCAAAUGAAGAAUUAAAUCGACAAAUUGAUAUUCUUCAGGAUUUACGAAAACAACAAAUUGAAUUGGAAAUUUCAUUGUUGGAUCAAAAACGAGGAAAUCGUGAAUCAAUUGAAAAGAAUUUUAAUCAAGAAUCAAAAGAAUUGGAAAUGAAAGAUGGAGAAGAUUUUGGGAAUUUGGAUAGAAUGAGAAUUAAUUCACAUGGAAAUGUAUCAAAUGCAUCAACUACCAUGGAUUCAAUGAUGUUUCAAAGUAGAUUGUCUGUUUCAAAUGAGGAUGAAGCGGCGCGAUUAAUUGCUGCUAAAGUCACUCCAAAUCGGGGAUAUUCUUCUGUUUAUCUCACGAGUUUAAAUCGAGGUGAUCGAUUGAGCAGUCCUUAUGCCUUAACAAUAACGAGAUCAUUACCUUCGUUGAUAACAAAUGAAAAUCUUGGGGAAAAUGUAAUUGACAGGAUUAUAAGUGUGCCGUCUUAUGUUGUGCGAGGUGCAGGAACUUCAAGUCAUUAUCAAUAUGAGGUUCGAGUCAUUGCUCAAGACGACAGUUGGACACUUCUUCGACGUUAUCGAAGAUUUCGGGAACUUUAUACAACCAUGAGGCAAAAAUAUGGAAGCAAGGUAACGGCAAUUCGUUUUCCACCGCGACAAGUGUUUGCGAGAUACGAGAUGAUUGCGCGACAACGUCGGAAGAAAUUGGAAGAAUAUCUACGUAAAUUAAUUCAAGUUUGCUCGGAAAUACCAGAUUGUGAGGCUCUUUAUAAAUUCAAUGGAAAUUUAGCCAAUAUCGAUAAGCAAUCGUUACUUGAGUUCAGCUCCUUUUUUCGAAAAGGAACAUUUGAAAGCAGUAAGUUUGGCACUAGCUAAAAUUUAGUGAUUGACUCAAUAGAGUCUACCUGUUUUUAAAAAAAAACAGACAACUUAGGUACUUUUUACGAUUUUUUUUAUCAUUGAUACCGUAACUUAUUUACUUAAUUAAUAUUAUUUAUUUUUAUACAAUAAGCAAUUAAUUUACAAAAUUAUUUGUCCUCUUAGACAAUUUAGAACAACAAUCUACAUUAUUUACUGUUUUUUUUAUUUGUAAAACUAAAACAUUUUUAUUUUUUAUAUUUUCAAAAUCGUUUUCUCUUUUUUGAAAAAAUUGUUAGAUAAUUUUCUGUUUAAUGAAUUUAACAAAUUGAAAACUAAGUGGAGGAAGAAUAACAGAUUAUGAAAAAAAAUUCGCUAUUUUAAAUAGAAUUAAAAAUUCGUUAUAUAUUUUCUCAAAUUAUUAAUAGCGAAUAUAAAAAGAAACAGAAAUUAAUUCUAAAUUUGUAAAUUAAAUACUAUAUAUGCGAAUUUAAUAAUUAAAUAAUAUAGUCAAAUAAUUCUGCAUAAUUGAAGAAGAAAAAAAAUUUAGAAUUCUAAAACAAAAGAAUUAUAAAAAAAAAUUACAUAAACAAACGGAAUCAUAAUAUUUUAUCUAUAUAAUCACAUUCUCAUGAAAUAUCAGUAUUUACUUAUAAGUUGGCACACAAAGGCAGGGAAAACUAUAAACAAAUUACCUCGAUCACGGAUUUAUUCUCUACUUUUGUUAUUUUAUUAUUUAGAUAUAUUUAAUACUAUUUUUUUUUUGUUUUUCCGUCAUGAUGAUGAAAUUUUUUUUUAAACAAGUUGACUGAAAAACAGAUCUGAAAAAAAAAUUAUUUUAAUUCCAAAUAUUGUUAUGUAUAGUCUCUAACAUAAGUUGACCAAAAUAGAUAAUUUAUUAUUAGAAUUUUCGCAAAGUUUACAUGUUUUUCUUUAUAAAAAAAUGAAAAUGUUAAAUUUAAAGCUUACGCUGAAAAUAAUUGUUGCAAAUAUAAUUUGCGUUUCAUAUAUUGUAUAUACAUAUAUCAUGUUAUCAAAUCGUCUUUUUUUUAAACUCGAUCGAUAAAUGGAUAAACAAAUAAACAUUUUAUCGAGGAAGUUAUUGAUUAUAUUAUCAAUUUUCUAAUUAUUCAAAUUUAUAGGAAAAAAACAUACAAGUAGAAAAAAACAUUUGUUUUGUAAAAGAAAAUCACGAUUUAAUUUUAUAACAAAUUUUUCCCAAAAGAAAAGAAAAACAAAAACCAAUAUUACAGUUAAAACUGAAAAUAUAUUUAUAUCGGAAAAAAUUGUAUUACCGCAUAUCAUAAUAUUAUAUUUAAAAAAAUACUAUUUAAUCAGUCGGAAUUGUGGCUGUGUAAACUAUAAAAAAAGCUUGUCUAAAUGGACCUCAUUGUUGUCAAGAGUCCUAAAAAAAAAAGUAGGCUUUAGUAAAUUUUUAGAUUUUAAUAAUUAUGUUACUUCGUUUCAAAACAUUUAUACGAAUUUAAAUAUAUUAACUAUAUAGAAAAUAUUCCUAAAUUGCAGAAAAAGCCAAGAAAUUGUACAUAUCGUGAAAAUAAAAUUUCUUUUUAGCUUUAAAUUUUCCCUUAAAAGGAUAAUUGUUUUUUUUUUAAAAAACACACAACUCCAAAUUGUUAUUUAGUUAUUUUAAAAAAUUUAUUAAGAUAAAUUGCUUUCCUUACGAAUAAAAAUUACAUUCACAUAUACAUAUAUAAUAUAUACUUUUUAUCGAUUAAUUUUCCAAUCUUUGUAUUUAAAAUACAAAGUGGGUUUCUUAAUUAACAAAAAAAUUAAAAAAAAAAAAAAAAAAAAAUGGAAAAAAA